AAUUCUUUUGACGGUCAUAGUCUCGCCGGCAGCAUCGAACGGGAUGUCGCCGGAGAAAUGUCCCACGUGAGCUACUCCGCCGCCUACGACUGAUAAUUGGUGCGAUUCUGGGAUUCUUUGAACAAGUUACUGUGAUUUAGUUGCUUUAUCUUCUGUUGUUGGAGCAAUCGUAGAUAUCAAAAAUCUAUCAUGAGAGAAACAAGAGAAGAGAAAGUGGCGUGGAGGUAUUUUACCAGAGAUGUUGUUCCGUUUGCUGCGAUGUUUGCGGUCGAGUGUGCUACGGUUGGGUCAAACACACUGUUUAAGGCUGCAACUAUAAGAGGAUUGAGUUUCUAUGUCUUUGUCUUCUACUCUUAUGUUGUUUCAACCCUUCUUCUACUUCCACUUUCUUUAAUCUUUGGAAGGUCAAGAAGAUUACCAUCAGCCAAGUCUCCUCUCUUCUUCAAGAUUUUCUUACUUGGGCUUGUCGGGUUCAUGUCGCAGAUAGCUGGUUGUAAAGGUAUAGAAUAUAGUUCCCCAACUCUUGCCUCUGCUAUCAGCAAUCUCACACCAGCUUUCACAUUCACGCUCGCUGUUAUCUUCAGGAUGGAACAAGUAAGGUUAAGGAGCUCUGCGACUCAGGCUAAAAUCAUUGGCGCAAUACUAUCUAUAUCUGGUGCUCUGGUAGUUUUGCUAUACAAAGGCCCACAAGUUCUCGCUGCUGCAACUUUUACACCUUUAUCACCUACCAUUUCACUUCACCAGCAUUUGACCUCAUUAGAGUCAAAGUGGAUAAUCGGAGGGCUCUUGCUUGCUUCACAGUAUUUUCUUAUAUCAGUUUGGUAUAUUCUUCAGACUCGUGUCAUGGAGGUAUACCCUGAAGAAAUAACCGUAGUCUUCUUCUACAACUUAUUUGCAACACUAAUCUCAGUACCAGUAUGUAUUUUUGCGGAGAGCAACUUGACUUCUUGGGUGCUUAAACCAGACAUUUCCCUCGCUGCAAUCAUAUACUCGGGAGUCUUCGUUUCAUUAUUCAGCGCGCUUACCCACACAUGGGGUCUGCAUCUGAAGGGUCCGGUAUACAUAUCCUUGUUCAGGCCAUUGUCUAUUGCGAUUGCAGUCGCCAUGGGUGCUAUAUUCCUCGGCGAUGCACUUCACCUUGGGAGUGUCAUCGGAUCAAUGAUAUUGUGCAUUGGAUUCUACACUGUGAUUUGGGGCAAAGCAAGAGAGGAUGCAAUCAAAACUGUAGCUGGUUCUGAGCAAUCUAUGACAAGAGGAGCAGGAGAGGAGACAGUGGCAUGGAGUUACUUUUGCAGAGAUGUUGUGCCAUUCACUGCAAUGGUUGCGGUGGAGUGUAUCACGGUUGGAUCUAAUACACUGUUCAAGGCUGCGACACUGAGAGGAUUGAGCUUCUAUGUCUUUGUCUUCUAUACCUAUGUUGGUGCUACACUUGUUCUUCUUCCACUUUCCCUCAUCUUUGGAAGGUCAAAAAGAUUACCUUCAGCCAAAACCCCUGUCUUCUUCAAUAUUUUCUUACUUGCGCUUGUCGGGUUCAUGUCACUGAUAGUUGGUUGUAAAGGUAUAGAAUAUAGUUCACCAACUCUUGCCUCUGCUAUCAGCAAUCUGACGCCAGCUUUCACAUUCACGCUCGCCGUUAUCUUCAGGAUGGAACAAGUAGUCUUAAGGAGCUCCGCGACUCAGGCUAAAAUCAUUGGCACGAUAGUAUCUAUAUCUGGUGCUUUGGUUGUGGUUCUUUAUAAAGGCCCUAAAGUUCUAACUGAUGCAACUUUUACACCUCCAUCACCUACCAUUUCGCUUUACCAGCAUUUGACUUCAUUUGAUUCAAGUUGGAUAAUCGGAGGUCUUUUGCUCGCUACACAGUAUUUGCUUGUUUCAGUCUGGUAUAUUCUUCAGACUCGGGUCAUGGAGUUAUACCCUGAAGAAAUAACUGUAGUAUUCUUGUACAACUUAUGCGGAACACUAAUCUCGGCACCAGUUUGUCUAUUUGCGGAAAAAGACUUGACAUCUUUUAUACUUAAACCGGGUGUCUCCCUCGCUUCAGUCAUGUACUCGGGAGGCUUAGUUUCAUCAUUUGGCUCAGUUAUACAUACAUGGGGUCUGCAUCUGAAGGGUCCAGUCUACAUAUCCUUGUUCAAGCCGUUGUCUAUUGUCAUUGCGGUUGCUAUGGGUGUUAUAUUCCUCGGCGAUGCACUUUACCUUGGGAGUGUCAUUGGAUCAUUGAUUUUGAGCUUAGGAUUCUACACUGUGAUUUGGGGAAAAGCAAGAGAGGAUUCAACCAAAACUGUGGCUGAUACUGAGCAGCAGUCCCCUUUAGAGUACCUCAAGAGUCUAGACAUUAGAUCUAUGUUAAGACAAGCAGGAGAAGAGACAGUGGCAUGUAUAUACUUUUGCAGAGAUGUUGUGCCAUUUUCUGCAAUGAUCGCAGUGGAGUGUGCCACGGUUGGAUCUAACACACUGUUCAAAGCUGCAACCUUAAGAGAAUUGAGUUUUUAUGUCUUUGUCUUCUACUCUUCUGUUGUGGCUACACUUGUCCUUCUUCCACUUUACUUCACUUUGAAAGAAAAUGACUUAACCUCUUGGCAGCUUAAGCUGGAUAUCGCCCUCACUGCAGUCAUAUACUCGGGACUCUUUGUUUCAUCAUUGGGCUCAGUUAUACACACUUGGGGUCUGCAUCUGAAGGGUCUAGUGUACAUAUCCUUGUUCAAGCCGUUGUCUAUCGCAGUUGCAGUGGCCAUGGCUAGUUGGCUACUAUAUUCCUUCACCUUGGGAGGCAAAGCAAGAGAAGAUGCAGCCAAAAUAGCAAGUCUUUCUGAGCAGUCACUUUUGGACAGCUUGAUCUUGACGGCGAUGGUGGCGACAGAGUUUUCUAACGUCGGAGUAAACACUCUGGUCAAAGCCGCGACUUCCAAAGGACUUAGCCCAUUCGUGGUUCUCGUAUACUCUUUCACAUUUGGAUCUCUUCUUCUUCUUCCUCUUACCUUCUUCUCCUUCAGAUCAAGAUCUCUCCCUCCGUUGACAUUUUCAAUUCUAUGCAACAUGGGAAUUCUUGGUCUAAUUGCAAGUGCGUUUCAAAUCUUAGGCUACAAUGGGAUAAAAUAUAGCUCGCCGACUUUAUCUUCGGCCAUGAGCAAUGUCACUCCUGCUUUUACCUUCAUCCUCGCCGUUGUUUUCCGAAUGGAGAAUAUAUCUCUAAGGAAAAAGACUAGUGUAGCCAAAGUAUUGGGAACAAUAUUGUCAAUAAUAGGUGCACUUGUUGUGACUCUCUACCACGGUCCAAUGUUAAUGUCUUCACAUUCGGAUUGGAUCAUCGGUGGUGGCCUUCUUGCUCUCCAAUACAUCCUUGUCUCGGUCUCUUACCUUGUUAUGGCUCACACAAUGGGUCAAUAUCCAUCUGCGGUCGUUGUGACACUCGCGCACAAUGUUUGCAUCGCUGUUGUGUCUGCAUUCGUGAGUCUUUUGGCAGAGAAGGACAAUCCGAAGGCAUGGGUCAUAAGAUUUGACAUAACCUUAAUUACCGUAGUAGCAACGGGGAUUUUGAGUUCUGGAUAUUAUGUUAUACAUACGUGGGCAGUGAGUCAUAAGGGACCUGUGUAUUUGUCGAUGUUCAAACCGUUAUCUAUAUUGAUCGCAGCCGUAUCAACUUUCAUUUUCCUCGGCGAGUCGCUCUAUCUUGGAAGUGUCAUGGGAGGAAUAUUGAUAUCAAUAGGAUUUUACAUGGUAUUGUGGGGUAAAGCCAAGGAAGACAAAGUUGACAUAUUAGGAACCAUAGAGUCGUCUCCUUCACAUGAAGCUCCUCUCUUGGGGUUUUUGAAAUUCACCAUGAUGUCUCAAAAGAAAGGGUUGGAGAUGGAUCCGGUGAUUCUCGUAUGUGGCAAAUGGAUUUUCGAGAAUAACAAAUGGUCGUUCAUCAUUGAUACAAAUAGAGGAUGUCGAGUUCUGGAAGCUAAUAGGGAAACCAGUUACUCUCAAUGCAUUCGAAUGGUAAUGGAGGAUUACGGAAUCGAGAAUAGAGGCUGUGAUGUUGUGUUGAGUUACAAGAUUUCGAAGAUGUUGUCUCAGAAUUUACCGGAUGAUACACCACCCGUUUUUAUUACUAAUUCAAGACAGUUUCACUCUUUUUUGGGGCAAUUGAAGAGCGAUACAAUUCGACUAUGUGUUGAAGUGAAGAAGAAAGUUACAAUUGAAGCUAAUCAACCCAACAACAAUGGCAUCGUUGACAGUACCUUGCAGAGAAAACGAACAAGAAUCGCAAACGAGUUGGUUAAGGAAGUUACAGAUUUGAUUCAUGAAGCUGUUGGCGAUGACGACGAUGAUGAUGAAGAAACGAGAUUUGAUUACUGUGACGACUCUGACGGAACAGAUUCUGAUGAUGAGAAUUAUAGCUUGUAUGGGAUUCCACCAGUUGUAGAAGAAAAACAAAUACUGCCGUUGAAGAAAAAGAGUUCAGUGUUACGAAUCAAAAGAACACUUGGAAACACGACUGAAGAUACUAACCGUAGUACAGAGAUUCGAUUUCUACGUAGACAAAUCGACACCUUUUCUAUUGAUUGUCAAGUGCUGGAUAAAAGGGUAGCGUUCUGCACGUGCCCGUCAAGCAACUCAUGAUAUUCUUGGAGUAUUAUACAAGGAUUUUGUUGGUGGAAUUGGCCCCAAAGUAUUGCCAAUGCAUGUUGCUGAAUCAUUGAACAAACGUUUUCAGAUCAA